AUGCCUGUUCGCAGAGGUCAUGUGGCACCACAAAAUACAUUUUUGGGCACAAUCAUACGAAAAUUUGAAGGGCAAAAUAAAAAAUUCAUCAUUGCUAAUGCUAGAGUGCAGAAUUGUGCUAUCAUCUACUGCAAUGAUGGAUUCUGUGAGAUGACUGGGUUCUCCAGGCCAGAUGUCAUGCAGAAACCUUGCACCUGUGAUUUUCUUCAUGGACCAGAGACUAAAAGACAUCAUAUUGCCCAAAUUGCUCAAGCACUGCUGGGGUCAGAGGAGAGGAAAGUGGAAGUUACCUAUUAUCACAAAGAUGGAUCUACCUUCAUCUGCAACACCCACAUAAUUCCAGUGAAAAAUCAAGAAGGAGUAGCAAUGAUGUUUAUUAUUAAUUUUGAGUAUGUAACAGAUGAAGAGAACGUUGCAUCUCCUGAGAAGUGCAACCCAAUAUUGCCAUCCAAACUUGUAAAUCGCAAACUUUUUGGAUUCCGGUUACCUGGAUUGAGACUUUUAACGUACAGAAAGCAGUCCUUACCACAGGAGGACCCUGAUGCAGUGAUAAUCGACUCAUCCAAGCACAGUGAUGACUCAGUGGCUAUGAAGCACUUUAAAUCACCUACAAAAGAAAGUUGUAGUCCUUCAGAAGUGGAUGACACAAAAGCACUGAUUCAACCCACUAAAUGUUCGCCUUUGGUUAAUAUAUCAGGACCUCUUGACCAUUCAUCGCCUAAACAGCAAUGGGACAGACUUUACCCUGACAUGAUACAGACAAGCAAUCCACUAACCCAUUCCAGAUCAAAGGAAAGCAUUUGUAGCAUACGGAGAGCAUCUUCAGUACAUGACAUAGAAGGCUUUAACGUCCAUCCCAAGAACAUUUUUAGGGACCGCCAUGCAAGUGAAGACAAUGGUCGCAAUGUCAAAGGGCCUUUUAACCAUAUCAAGUCAAGUUUGUUGGGAUCCACAUCGGAUUCAAAUCUCAACAAAUACAGUACAAUCAACAAAAUUCCUCAACUCACCCUGAAUUUCUCAGAUAUCAAAAGUGAAAAAAAAUCUUCAUCUCCUCCUUCUUCGGAGAAAGCAAUUAUUGCACCUAAAGUGAAAGAUCGAACGCACAAUGUAACAGAGAAGGUUACCCAGGUUCUAUCCUUAGGGGCUGAUGUUCUACCAGAAUAUAAACUCCAGACACCUCGCAUCAACAAGUUUACUAUAUUGCACUAUAGUCCUUUUAAAGCUGUCUGGGACUGGCUCAUUUUGCUGCUGGUAAUAUAUACUGCCAUCUUCACCCCUUACUCCGCUGCCUUCCUUCUGAAUGAUAGCGAGGAACGGAAGAGAAGAGAGUGUGGAUAUUCUUGCAGCCCACUGAAUGUUGUAGACUUAAUUGUGGAUAUUAUGUUUAUCAUUGACAUUCUAAUCAACUUCAGAACAACAUAUGUAAACCAGAAUGAAGAAGUGGUAAGUGACCCAGCAAAAAUAGCAAUUCACUACUUCAAAGGCUGGUUCCUAAUUGACAUGGUUGCUGCAAUACCUUUUGACCUGCUGAUUUUUGGCUCUGGCUCUGAAGAGACAACAACAUUAAUAGGUCUUCUGAAGACAGCUAGACUGCUGCGUUUGGUGAGGGUAGCACGGAAAUUGGACAGAUAUUCAGAAUAUGGUGCUGCAGUUCUGAUGCUCCUUAUGUGCAUAUUUGCACUAAUUGCACACUGGCUUGCUUGCAUUUGGUAUGCCAUUGGAAAUGUAGAAAGACCUUACCUGGCACAUAAGAUUGGCUGGUUGGAUUCUUUAGGAGAACAAUUAGGAAAGCAUUACAAUAAGAGUGAUGCAAGCUCUGGACCAUCCAUCAAGGACAAAUAUGUUACAGCACUUUAUUUUACAUUCAGCAGUCUGACAAGUGUAGGAUUUGGAAAUGUGUCUCCAAACACCAACUCAGAGAAAAUCUUCUCCAUCUGUGUUAUGUUGAUUGGCUCAUUAAUGUAUGCGAGUAUUUUUGGAAACGUAUCUGCAAUAAUCCAAAGACUCUAUUCGGGAACUGCACGGUAUCACAUGCAGAUGCUGAGAGUAAAGGAGUUUAUACGCUUUCAUCAAAUCCCUAAUCCUCUGCGGCAGCGACUUGAGGAAUACUUCCAGCAUGCGUGGACGUACACCAAUGGCAUUGACAUGAACAUGGUCCUGAAGGGGUUUCCAGAAUGCUUACAAGCUGACAUUUGUCUGCACCUCAACCAAAAUUUGCUUCAGAAUUGCAAAGCUUUCCGAGGGGCCAGUAAAGGCUGUCUUCGAGCUUUGGCUAUGAAAUUUAAGACAACACAUGCACCUCCUGGAGACACUUUAGUGCACUGUGGAGAUGUUCUCACUGCUCUUUAUUUUGUGUCAAGAGGCUCCAUUGAAAUCCUUAAGAGUGACAUUGUUGUAGCCAUUCUUGGAAAAAAUGAUAUUUUUGGAGAGAUGGUACAUCUUUAUGCAAAACCAGGAAAGUCAAAUGCAGAUGUGAGAGCUUUAACGUACUGUGACUUGCAUAAGAUCCAGCGAGAAGAUCUACUAGAAGUUUUGGAUACGUACCCUGAAUUUUCUGAUCUCUUCCUCACCAACCUAGAACUGACUUUUAAUUUGAGAGAUGAAACUGCAAAGUCUGACCUUGUAAUAAGAUCACAAACUACUAAUGAUACGGAUGGAGAUAACUGCAAACUACGAAGACGGAAAUUGUCCUUUCAAAGUGAAAUAGAGAAAGAGAAUGAUCAGAAUGAUCCUGAACCCUCAGGGGACAACAACAGAUAUUAUCAAUCUACUAAGAAACACUUUGAGGAGGAAAAAAGUGGCUCGUCAUCCUUUAUGUCCUCCAUAGAAGAUGAGCAAAAACCCCUGUUCACUGGGAUAGCUGACUACCCAUCUGUAACAGAGAAAACCACAGAGGUGGACUUUGAAGAAAUGGUUCAUGCAACAGAAGAAAUUCUUAUUGACAAAAGAAGCAAUUCUUGCAAAGAUAUUGCUGAUAAAAGAAACUGGGAGGAGAACAUCAGGGAGUACCAGGACUCCCCGAGUCAGUCAGCAUUACCCCAUGUUACAUGGGGCAUCUGCGAUACUGAAAGUGACUAUGUAUAUGGGGAAGUGGAGAAUCGAUUAGAUUUACUUCAAGAACAACUCAACAGGCUUGAAUCCCAGAUGACUGCUGAUAUCCAAACCAUCCUGCAGCUUCUGCAAAGGCAGUCAACGCUCAUUCCACCUGCCUAUAGCAUGGUGACUGCAGGGGCAGAAUAUCAACAGCCAGCAAUUCGGUUUACACGAAAGCUUCAUCCUGUAGCAUCAAUUAAAACAGACAGAAGUUUCAGUCCUUCAUCUCAGUGUCCUGAAUUUCUAGACCUUGAAAAAUCAAAACUUAAAUCCAAAGAAUCCCUCUCAAGUGGAGUGCAUCUUAACACUGCCUCAGAAGACAACCUGGCUUCUUUUUUAGAUCAAGAACAUGACCGGUCUGUAGAGCGUCCCCCACAGCAUUGUAAAACUUAUCUCCAGCCAGUUAGGCACCCUUCCUUGCCAGAAUCUUCACUAAGCACUGUAGGAAUCUUGAGUCUUCAUAGGCAUGUUUCCGAUCCUGGUCUUCCUGGGAAAUAA